AUGGAGGAAGAGUGGCGAGGCCGCCCUCGUCUUCGGUUGCGUGACCUGGAGCGCUUCACGGGUCCCUUCACAGUUGCCGCAGAUCCAGGUAGUGAUGCGCCCGCAUUCGGUGUUUCCAAGCGCCAGAAGGUACAAGUAGAGGAACCUAGAGGGGGUCUGCUGCUGGCUUCAAGGGUUCCGUGGGUAAUCGUAGGCAAGAUCCAGCUCUGGAACGAGGGAUUUUGCUGCCACUCCUCGUCUGGGCAUUCUGGGGAUAGCUUCGCCCUUGCAGAUGAUACAGGUGUGGGGUGUUGCUUGCUAAGGAACGUGGAUCAGUGUCCUCUGGGUUCCAAAGUGGUGAUCACGUCUUUCAACUACAUUCCCUCUAUUCGAAAGCUCAAGCCUGAGAAAGCAAGGGAGGAUUUUCUCUCCGUUUGUCUGGAGGUCCAUGAGCUUCAUGUCGUGCAAGAUGGAUCGAUACUUCAGGUUUUUCCACGGUUGUGUCUCAGUCCAGCGUCGGCCGACGUGAAGAAUGAGAUGCUGGAGACGCCACCUCUGAAACGAAGUGGUGGAAAGGCUCGGCUCACGAUGCGGGGAUGCUUGCAUUGUUUUAGCCCAUCCUUCGCUCUUCCCUGCACACGCUCAACGUUUUCCAUGGCGAAGAGCUUGUUCGCUGGGGGUGAAAAGGGCGAUGGACAGGUCCUUAAAGGCUUUCUUGUGGAGCUAAGGAACUGUAGUCAUCAGCGUCUACGCUCGAAGAAAGAUGCGGAAGAAGAUGGUCAGCUGGUUCGGGUUUUCUUCUCGGGGGCUUUGUCUGCCUGGCGUCCUGUUCUACUGGAUUGCGUCGGUAGCUGGAUUUGCAUCACCGGUCUAAGAAAGAAAAUGAUCAGCGUUGGGCCGAAAGACUUGCACCUGAUUUUGGCGGCCACAAGGACUACUUUCGUCAGCCGAACACCGGAUGAACUUGAGCGUCCGAGAAGCUUGCGGACUGAUCUGGUUCGGGACAAGAAAACUUUUGGCUCCUACGUUGGUGUAGUUACUGGGGUACAAUUCGAAGGAAGGAUGGUGGAGCUGGAUGAGAACGUUUGCUUGCUACUGACUCACCAGGAGCAUACUUUUCUGCAUGGUCUUCGCGUUGGAGCAACGAUACUCGCUCUUAAUGUACAUAUCGCUGCUGUAGGCUGGGGCUGGAGAAAGUACCUAUUGCUGGGUGCUUGCUUUCGUUCUACUGUAAAAAUUGUUUGCUUUUCUUCGUUAGAUACUGUCAUUUCAGUGCCUGUGAGAACCGCAUGCCUAAGUAAAUUUCAGCACUUAUCUUUUACAGAGACAUUUGGGUUACUUCGAGCAGUCUUAGAUUUGAGAAAGAAGCUGGGCAGUGGACCGGAUGUUUUCGAUUGCAUUCAAACGACGUCGACGCGUGUUUCUCGGGAUGGUUUGAAGGAGUUUAUGUCUCACGAGCAAUCUUGCUUCCUUGGACAAAGGGGAAAUAUUAAGUCGUCUUUGCAGAGAAUUCCACCCUUUUUGGAACUCAAAGAAUAUCUUCAGCAACUCUGGGAGGACUCUAGUUCAUUUAUCUGGCAGCAAAAACAGCAGAGCAACCGUUUCAAUCGUUGCAUUAUUUCCAGUGACGACUUGAAUUUUGUUGUUUUGGGCCGCCUCGAGGUCUCUAAAACCUCGGGGGCCCUUCAGUUUUUUGAUGCGACGCACGAGAUACACGUCGUAAUUCCGGACCUCCAUUGCUCAUCGAUGCUAUAUCAAGUUUACAAGGUGUCCAAAUUUGAUUUAGUGAUGGAAGGAACGCCUGGGAGCUGCCAUUUUUAUUUUGUGUUCAGCUCCAAAGAUGCUUACCGCUGUUCAGCUUUGGGAUGCGAAAUACCGAAGUCCAGUCCACACUGGAUUUCUAGCUUGCCUAACCUACCGCCGUCAUCAUCGUCUACAAUAAGCUUUCGCGCGAGGGUUGUUGCCGUAUCAAAACUCGUGCUCGUCUGGAAUAAAUGGCUAGGCUACACUCCUGCCAAAAGUCUCGUGUCCAACAUCAAUGUCUCUUUUGGUUGUUUCGUCAUUGAUGAUGGCUCUGGCGUAACCGAGUGCUCGGCUCACGGAGUGCUUGCUGAUCACCUCUUGGGACUGAAAUUUGAUCGGGACCAAUGCGUUACAAGGCACACGAACGCCUUGUGUGCCAUUCUUCGCAACUAUGAGCGCAUUGUCUACGAAAGAGACCAGAGGAAAGACUUCUCGCAAAGUUAUCGAGUUCUAGGCGAUGGAAGUACACCUCUAAGCGAAAGCGACCAUGCGAUCAUCGACAUGUUUGCAACUAGAGCCUGUCAUCGUCCUCCUAUGUCUCUGGUUUGCGAGAUUUGUCCUAGAGAACUUGACAACAAAGCUCGCGUGCUUGUGAGAUCAGUAGAAGAGAUAUCAUACGUUAGAGAAGCUCACAAUCUUAGCAAAGAGAUCGAGCUUGCACUGAACAAAAACAAAGUUUUGUAGCUCUUGUGUUAAUGUGUGUAGUUGUCUUCCGCUA